AAAGCGACAUAUUUCCGCUUCCGUCAGGGGCCGGAAGUUAGCGUCUCCCGGGUGAAGCGGCUUGGGCUGCGAGGCAGGGCUGGUCCAGUCGGCCGUCCACCCCUACCUUCUGAGCACAGAGAUCUUAAGUGACCUACCUAGAGUCACACAGUAAGUUGAGAAACCAAGGUUAAAGGCUGUUCUCAGCCCAGAGUGUACACAGGGACGGACGGCUGUGCCUAAGGUUUCAUCCCCCUGUAGCCAUGGGACGAAGGAAGUCUAAACGGAAGCCACCCCCCAAGAAGAAGAUGACAGGGACCCUGGAGACCCAGUUCACUUGCCCCUUCUGCAACCAUGAGAAGUCCUGUGACGUGAAAAUGGACCGAGCUCGCAACACUGGAGUGAUCUCCUGUACCGUGUGCCUAGAGGAAUUCCAGACACCCAUCACAUAUCUGUCAGAGCCAGUGGAUGUGUACAGCGAUUGGAUAGACGCCUGCGAGGCAGCCAAUCAGUAGCAAUAUCAAGGACCUGCCCCUCAGCAGUCCCCGACUUGGGUACCAAUCCAGAGACAUUCCAGGGCUCCAGGGUGUAGGUCCAGGACUGUGACAGCCCUCCCUCUGUGUGUGGAGUGGAUGUGAAUGAGGAGACGUGCGUGUGGCUGCAGACGUGGCUGUAAUGGUGGCUGUGACUGCUUGUAGGUUGGGUGGAGGUGAGGGGUUGCUGGUCUGUCUCACCAUGCUGCCCAGGGUGGCCUCAAACUUGAGAACCUGUGCCUCAAAUGACUCAGCCCUUCAGCCCACACCCCGGCCCCAAGCUUUAGGUUCCUGGCUCCUCUGGUGACAGUUUCCUGACAUCUCAGGCAAGGAAUAGCUGUGGGACCUCCAGUCUCCUCAGCCACCUCACCAGCGCCUUGCCCAGGGGAACUGGACUUCUUCCCAUCCUUCCCAGCCUGUGGCCUGGGAGUCAAGGCUACAGACCAACCAGGUCCUUCGGCUGGGCUUUGCCGGGGAGCCCGUUUGCCUGCUCAUUUGCUCUUGUAGAAAAGGUAGGGGCUGGUUCUGGGACAGCUGUCACUCACAAGCCUGUCAAUAAAGCAGCCCGUGUGGA